AAGUAAAGGUGGCUAUGCUUCUAUGCUAUGCUACGAUCUACGAUUCUCAUUUGUUUCAUCGAUUUCGAUUUUAUUAAUAACUUAGCUGCUUCCAUAACAUCAAGAAAAUUGUUGAAUUAUAAAUAAAAGUGAUCAACAAAAAACAAAUUACAGUACGAAAAUAAUAUGGUGUCUUUAGUCAGUGAUUUACUAAACUAUCACUAUGGAAUUUAACAUUAAUGAAAAAUUUGUUCAAGAUGAACAAAAGUAUAUAGAGGGUCAGCUAUUCAAAUCAACAGAUCCUGGGAACUUGAAACAUGAACCAGAAGAUAACUCAACUAUGGAAGUGAAAGCUGAAAUUAAGGAAGAGUUUGUUGAAGUUGGCCAAGGAUACUCCGAGAGUCCACUAUCCAUGUCCCUUGAUUUGGGAGGUUUGAAGAAUGAAUCAGAUGAGUGUAAUUCAGGUUUUUCUCAGAAGAAAUUAUUGGAAAUGGAAAUUACGAAAAUGUUACCUGAAAAUACAUCCAAUACAAAACAACAACUAAGUCUUAAAGUUGAAGAAACGUCAUUAAAACAUAUUUGUGCUAAAGAUUUACCUUCCAAAAAUAAUUUCAAUGGAUGUAAAAAAUACCAAAUUGGAGAAGGACUUUAUAAAUGUGAAAUUUGUUUUAAGCAGUUUAGCAAAGCAGGCAAUUUGAAAGGACAUUUGAUCUUGCACACUGGACAAAAGCCUUACAAGUGUGAAAUUUGCUUUAAGCAAUUUUCUCAAAAAGCUCACUUGAAACCACACUUGAGAACACACACUGGAGAUAAACCUCACAAGUGUGAAAUUUGUUUCAAGCAGUUUAGUCGAGCAAGUCAUUUGAAAACACAUUCUAGAGUUCACACAGGAGAAAAAUCUCACAAGUGUGAAAUUUGUUUUAAGGUGUUUUCUGAGAAAGGUCAUUUGAAGAGUCAUUUAAGAACUCAUACUGGAGAAAAACCGUACGAGUGUGAAAUUUGUUUAAAGCGAUUUAAUGAAUCAGGAGCAUUGAAAGUGCACUUGAGAAUACACAGUGGAGAAAAGCCAUAUGAAUGUGAAAUUUGCUUUAAGCAGUUUAGUGAAGAACGAGCAUUGAAAAGGCAUUCCAAAGUACACACUGGAGAAAAGCUUUUUAAAUGUGAAAUUUGUUUUAACCGAUUUAGUGAAUCGGGAAGUUUAAAAAGGCAUUCGAGACUACACACUGGUGAAAAGCCCAACAAGUACAAGUGUGAAAUUUGUCUUAAGCAAUUUAAUCAAGCAUGUGAAUUGAAAAAUCAUUCCAGAGUGCACACUGGGGAGAAGCCUUACAAGUGUGAUAUUUGUUUGAAACAGUUUUCUGUAUCAUCUUAUUUGAAACAUCAUUUGAAAUUGCAUACUGGAGAAAAUCCAUAUCAGUGUGAAAUUUGUUUCAAAUCGUGUACUCAAGCAUCCGAUUUGAAAAAGCAUUUGAGAGUGCACACUGGUGAAAAACCUUUCAAAUGUGAAAUAUGCUUUAAACUGUAUAGUGAAUCAGGUACCUUGAAACAACAUAUGAGAAUGCAUACUGGGGAAAGACCUUACAAGUGUGAAAUCUGUUUUAAGCAAUUUAUUCGUACUGGUGAUUUGAAAUCACAUUUAAGAAUGCACACUGGAGAAAAACCGUACAAAUGCGAAAUUUGUUUCAAGCAGUUUAGGCAAGGAAAUAAGUUGAAAAGACAUUUGGUAGUGCACACUGAAGAAAAACUGGAAAAGUGUGAAACUUACGAUUAAAAGUCGUCACAGGGAUCCUCGAGGACUCGCGUGUAAUGAAUUCGGCACCGCUUCAAUAUUCUGUGGUUUGCGAGCAGUUCUGACACUGCCACCUCUUUUUUUGAUCUUGAACCACUACUUUCACAUUUCCUAACCAAAGUCUUAAUAGGUUAGACGGAACUGCAGCUCGGGGCGGCAAAUGCUAGUGUAAAAACGCUCUUGUACACGCACAAAACUUUCACCAUUUUGGUAAUAAGCUUCCACAGCAAAAGCGCGUUGUUCACCUGACCACGUCUCCAUGAUAACUAAACUUCCCACUCUCUAGAUUCACAACGUUUACGUCGCAAGCCUGCCGCUCCUCUCUUUUAUAGUCAGCAGCGUUGUCAAAUCGUACCGUUUCACUGAAUACCCUUGUAUCAUCAUCACUAUCUUUAUCUAUCGCUGCUCUGAAGAGUUUUAUAGAACUGCAUUUAAACCAGUCCCUUAAAUUCUUCAACCAUGACACUCUCCUUUUUCCUAUACUCCAGUCUUAGCACUUAAUAUCGCUGUCCCCUCAUUACGUGUCUCAGAUAUUGUAACUUUCUUAUUUUUAUUAUGUUUAUUAUUUCGUAUUAUUUGCACAUUUCUCACAGUACUUCAGUGUUCGUUUUCUUCUGUGUCAAUGCUAUUCUAAGCAUCCUUCUGUAACACCACAUUCCAAGUGAAUGUAGCUUGUUUAUGUGUUCUUUCUUCAAUGUCUAGCUUCAAGUCCAUAUUGCAGUAUCGAAAACACGUACAGUUCACCAAAUAUAGCUGAAAGUGUAAAAUUACCAUUGCCUGCGCUAACAAUGAAAUGAGAACGCACAUACAAACGGUCUGGACCGUCAGUGCGAGUGCGAGUGCGAGGUCCGUCGUUUGAGGAAUGCGCAUCAUGAUCGUAGUUAUUUUCACACUUUCAGGUAUAUUUGGUGAACUGUAGCAUCUCAAAGCUCUUAAGCCGGCUACUCACGAUACUGCGGCGUCGUUCAAUUUUGUCGAAUUCAACUAAUUGACAAAAAUUUUGAUCGUGUGUGACCGUGGAUCCAACAAAAUCGUUACAAUUUUACCACAGAGAGACUAGCUUGUCUGCUGCAGUACUGCAGAAUUGAUAUCGACGAUUUUAUCGAACGACACCGUGAGUGGCCGGCUUUACUCUCAGUUCUAAUCUUUUAGUCUCAGCUUAAUUCAUACCAGGUCUAUCAGAUGUUUCCAAAAGCACAUUAAACAGGUAUGAAAGACUCUUCAACAAUUAUUGAUUCGGUGAGGAAACAAUAGACUGUGGGAAAGACUGUUUAAGCAAUUUAGUCGAGCAAGCCAUUUUGAAAACACAUUCGAGAGUACACACUGGAGAAAAACCUCAUAAGUGUGAAAUUUGUUUUAAGCAGUUUUCUGAGAAAGUUCAUUAGAGAACUCAUACUGGAGAAAGACAGUACGAGUGUGAAAUUUGUUUAAAGCGAUUUAAUGAAUCAGGAGUAUUGAAAGUGCACUUGAGAAUACACAGUGGAGAAAAGCCAUAUGAAUGUGAAAUUUGUUUUAAGCAGUUUAGUGAACGACGAGCAUUAAAAAGGCAUUCCAAAGUACACACUGGAAGAAAGCCCAACAAGUACAAGUGUGAAAUUUGUCUUAAGCAAUUUAAUCAAGCAUGUGAAUUGAAAAAUCAUUCCAGAGUGCACCUUGGAGAGAAGCCUUACAAGUGUGAUAUUUCUUUGAAGCAGUUUUCUGUAUCAUCUUAUUUGAAACAUCAUUUGGGAUUGCAUACUGGAGAAAAUCCAUACCAGUGUGAAAUUUGUUUCAAAUCGUGUACUCAAGCAUCCGAUUUGAAGAAGCAUUUGAGAGUGCACACUGGUGAAAAACCUUUCAAAUGUGAAAUAUGCUUUAAGCUGUUUAGUGAAUCAGGUACCUUGAAACAACAUAUGAGAAUGCACACUGGAGAAAGACCUUACAAGUGUGAAAUCGUGUUUUAAGCAAUUUGUUCGAACUGGUAAUUUGAAAUCACAUUUAAGAAUGCACACUGGAGAAAAACCGUACAAAUGCGAAAUUUGUUUCAAGCAGUUUAGGCAAGGAAAUAAGUUGAAAAGUCAUUUGGUAGUGCACACUGAAAAAAAACUGUAAAAGUGUGAAACUUAAAACGAUUAAAAGUCGUCACAGGGAUCUUCGAGGACUCGCGUCUAAUGAAUUUGGCACCGCUUCAAUAUUCUGUGCUGUGCGAGCAGUUCUGACACUGCCACCUUUUUUUUUGUGAUGUUGAACUAAUACUUUCAAAUUUCCUAAUCCAAGUCUUAAUAGCCAUGUUAGACGGAACUGCAGCUCGGGGCGGCAAAUGCUAGUGUAAACGAAACGCUCGUUGUACACGCACAAAACUUUCACCAUUUUUGUAAUAAGCUUCCACAGCAAAAGCGCGUUGUUCACCUGACCACGUCUCCAUGAUAAUUAAAAUUCCCACUCUCUACAUUCACAACGUUUACGUCGCAAGCCCGCCGCUCCUCUAUUUUAUAGUCAGCAGCGUUGUCAAAUCGUACCGUUUCACUGAAUCACCUUGUAUCAUCAUCACUAUCUUUAUCUACCGCUGCUCUGAAGAGUUUUAUUUAUUUCUUUAUACGGGCAAGCCCAAUUCGGUAAUACAUUAAUAAGAUAUUGAUAAUUACAGUGUUGAAUAUAUAAGAAUAAAAUGAGAGAGUACAAAACAUUUAAAAAGACAUGACAAAGUAAAAUAAUUACAAAACAUUAAUUACUAACAAAUAACAAGGUAAUGACAUUGCUAAAUAUUUAAUUUGGUUAAAUGGUUCUUAAAAUCAUCAACAGAGUUACCAAAAAGUAAAAGGUCACCUAGGGAGUUAGCAAGUCUUAUGCCCGAUUUCAUCAACGAUACCUAAACAGUUGCCUUAUUAAGUAAUUCUUAUCGAUAGGCACUUCCUAAGUCUAUACUUAAGAACAAUAGCGUUUCACAACUAAAAUAACUGCUUAUCUAGGAAAUUCUUUGCUAGGUAUUAAUUCGGGUACGUUUGAACUAUUUUUGAUAAAUAAAAAGAAGAAUCAGAUGACAUUACAUUACUUUUUGGAUUAUUUGUCAUUAUUGUUUGUUUGCCAAGUUGGUUUUAUUCAGUUUUGUACUGUUUAGUUAUUUUAUUUAGUAGUUAGUUAUUUGUGAAUUACGUUUGUUACGUUUUGUAUGUUAUUUGUACAGGGAAAUGGAGGAAAAGAAAAGAGUUGUAAAUUUCACAUAGGUAUGACGAAAAAUUAAAGUUAGUUGAAUUGUCAUUAAUGAAAUCAUUUUAAAAUAAAUAAUAUGUUGAACAUUGCUUCUUUUAUUAUUAAUUUUUAAUGACACACUUUUAGUGAUAUCAUGAAUGUGUUUUUGAAACACAACUCUAGUUUGUUAGGUAGUAGGUAGACUACAUAAUUUUGUCAAUAGACCUGUAAAAAACUUUUUUUUCUAUAUAUGAUUUUCUAUAUUUUCCAACACAUAAUAUAUUAUUAAUAUAAAAGAAAAUACACAAUUACAAGUACAACUAAUAUACCUAAUAUUACAGAAUAACAGAAAAAUUAAGGUAAAAAGCAAAUUAUUGACAAACGUCACAAGCACAUUAGUCAAAAUUGUAAAAAAAUAACCUGACUGUCAACGAUAAGUAAUACCUAAAGUUUAGGGAGAUCUAAAAACGUAUCCUACCGUAAGGUAAUGCUUACGCGGUUUAGGCAAUUAUUAUCGUAUGGUGAAAUCCGUUUUAGAGUUAGGAAGUACCUAAACCCACUUAGGUAAUUCUUAAAUAUUUAGGUAUCGUUGGUGAAAUCGGGCAUUAGUGUUCUAGGAACAAAAGUAAAAUAUGAGUAAUUAUAUCUAUGAAAAGAAAUAUGAAAGGUUUGAAUUUGUCUUGUUGAUCGUGGUGGAACAAACAACAAUAUUUUAGCAAGUUCAGGGCAGUAAUAUAUGCCAUUGAUAAUAUUAAACAAUACUGUAAGAUCUUUACGCUUCCUACGGACAUCCAGAGAAGAGAUAUUCAAAAAUCGUGCCAUAUAUGUAUAAUUAUAAUUGAUGUGUUUUUUGAACCCAAUAUAUCUAAGAAAAUUAUGUUGAACACUAUCAAGUUUGUUCUUGAGGUGUAAAUAAUGUGGGGACCAAACUGGAGAACAGUAGUCAAGGUGCGUCCUGACUAAAGAACAAUAGAGCAUUUUAAUAGCGAACACGUUCGUGAAAUCACGAGUUGUCCUUUUAACAAAGCCAAGCAUUUUCAUGGAUCUUUGAGUAAUAUUGUUGAUGUGAUGGUUAAAGCUCAGAGAGGAAUCAAGAACAACACCUAAAUCUUUAAUUGAGUCUACCAUAUCCAAUAAUUGAUCAUUUAUGGUAUAAUUAAAUACUGAUAAAUGAUGAUUCCGACAAAACCGGAUAAUGUGACACUUGUUGACAUUCAAAUCCAUCCCAUUAUCAAGACACCAGUUGGCUAAAUUAUCUAAAUCUGAUUGCAAUGAUAUUGCAUCAUCUUGGUUAUUAAUGAUUUGAUAACAUUUAAGAUCAUCAGCGAAUAAGAGAGCAGAAACUUUAUAGAACUGCAUUUAAACCAGUCUCUUAAAUUCUUCAACCAUGGCACUCUCCUUCUUCCUAUACUCCAGUCUUAGCACUUAAUAUCGCUGUCCCCUCAUUACGUGUCCCAGAUAACGCUUCUCUGUCACUUUCUUAUUUUUAUUAUGUUUAUUAUUUCGUAUUCUUUGCUCAUUUAUCACAAUACUUCCGUGUUCGUUUUCUUCUGUGUCCAUGCUAUUCUAAGCACCCUUCUGUGACACCACAUUUCAAGUGACUGUAGCUUGUUUAUAUGUUCUUUCUUCAAUGUCUAGCUAUUCUUUCUUCAAUAGUCCAUAUUGCAGUAUCGAGAAUAUAUAGCAUCUCAAAGUUCUAAUGUUCUUCGGUUCUAAUGUAAGGUCUUUGUUGCAGAGAAAUGUGUUCAUUUUUUACAAACGCAUUUCUUGCUAUUUUUAACCUGGUCCUUAUUUCUGCUGUUUGAUUAUUAUUUCCACGUUCAGGCCUGACUGGUAAAAAGCCAAUCUAUUUCAGAGUCACAAUAGAGCGCUCAUUAUAAUAUAGGUUCCACUGUGAAAAAAAAAACACGAAAGAAUGUGAAUGCGUUCAACAACCUUUCCUUUUAAGAAAACUUAAUAAUAGUAAAUGGGGUACCAAACCCUCAGUACGAAGAUCAGUAGCGCAGGCGCUAUGCUUCCCAUUGGCGGAAUGCGUAUACAAAGUAUGCAAGAUAUCCACACACGCUAAGAUAGUAAAUGCCAGUCUGAACACUUUCAAACUCAUUGCCGGUUGUAUAAGAUCGACCCCCUCUGGAUAAACUGUAUAAAGCUUCAGGCCUCUCGGAUCCUGACUCCCGUAAAACGGACCACAAAUUCACCGUAAGUUCCAAAACAAACCUUCGACAACUGCCACUCCCACGUUUUGGUCAAGAACCGUAUCAUGGCAGACAAAUCAAGACAGUAUUUCCUUAGCGCCCUGCUAAACAAACUACCACUCUGUUAUCCACUAACCACGAACAGAAACUCCACAAAGUGUGAUCUCAAGCGACUGGUUAAUGUGACGCAUGCUGAACUGGUGUAGCGCCGACUAAGUUAAACCUUAUUAAAUUGGUUCUCCUGAACGGUAAUGACAAGUGUGACUGCUGUCACAAUACAGAACAUGGAACACCUACUAACCUGCCCAAACUGCCCUCAUAAAUGCACUCUCUGUCUUAUGGACAGGCAACCACCAAUACUGGGCUCAGAAACUAUAGUUUUCCAGACAUCAAAAAAUAAAAUGUAAUUGUAGCUUGGCAAUUUCUAAGAAGACGUCAGAAAAACAAAGAGAAAAUGCUUCGAUAUUGGAUUCACCCACUACUUGAAUUUAACAGGUUCCAUAUUCCAGCAACUGUUUCAAGAACUGUUGAACCUUUAUCCUGAGAAAUUUAAGGAAUAUUGUAGUGGAAAUUUGUAGGUCUGAAUAUGGAGAAAAAAGACACUCAUUAUCCAAAGUCAAUUUAAUCAGAAGGAUGUUUAUUAAUCGCUUUAAGAUAUUUGGUGGCAGGUGAUAGUUUUAAAACUCUUGGAUUUCAAUUCUAUCGAGGUGAUACAACUAUUGGAAGAAUAGUGAAAGAAACAACCGAAGCAAUAUGGAGUAGUUUGCAACCUCUAUUUAUGCCGAUUGCAACUAAAGAGUUAUGGAAAUGCAACUUUCAUCGGUACAACGCUUGUUGAAUUUGCCAUAUUGCAUUGCAGCAAUCGAUGGCAAGCAUAUUCGUGUGAAAAAAUUUGCUAAUAGUGACUCUAGUACUUUUAAUUACAAAGAAUAUUUUUCGCUGAUGUUAAGGGCAACUGCUGACACAUAUGAGGUGUUGCCGCUAGCCAGAAGCGAAACUCAGGCAGAAAACGCUGACAUAAUUUUCCUGCCCAUGCGUCACAUAAGUAACCCCCUCUGUGGCUCAGUGGUAAGAGCGCCUACCUUUGGAUCGAAAAAUCCGAAUGGUCGUGAGUUCGAAUCUCACCAGGGUCAGAAAUUUUUCGUUUAUUAUAAAUUAAUAAAUGAAAAUAGUUUCUGUCCUUGUGGGAUCGGUCCUCACCGGAGGGACCGCAGACGUUCGGAUACAAUUAGCGUCUCUUUGCAAAGACAAUGACGUCGACUUUGCAAAGUAACAAGACACUUACUUAACACACACACUACACAUUACUCCCCUGAGUUAGUGGUAAGUUAUAGUAUAAAAAAUCAUUAUGAAAUUGACUGGCCAGUUGGUUGUGAAAACCAGUGCCAAUAAAACACAAAACACACACACGUCACAUAAGUGGUGCAACCUCACUUUUGCAACUGACAGUGACCGUUGUUUUUAUUUAAAUUUUAUAUUUAUAUAUAUGUUUUAUUUUAUAGUUUAUUUAUAUUUUAUUCUUAAAUUUUAUAUUUCAUAUUUAAUUAAUCACUACUUGUCAAAAAUAUCACAUCAUUUGGAAUGGUCUAUUCCUUAGAACAUCAAGUUCUAUUUUAUAAGUGGUGCACAAAGUCAAAUAUUUCUGUCCCAAUGGAAACGACAGUUAGAUUCGCUUUUGUGUAGUUAGUUAUUCUGUACCGAUAGUAAGGGCUAAUUGGGUCAAAUACCUCAUAGAACUGUCGAAUUGUUGAGUUCGACCUUAUUGUUUCGCCUUCAAGAUAAACCUUCAAGACUUGUUUUUGUUGAGUUCGACCUUACUACCUGAAUUUUUAAACCCAAAUUUCUCGAAACUUGCUUUUGUUGAGUUCGCCCUUACUAUCCGCAACGCCUCAUAUAAUAUUACAAUUGAUGUGGGUGAUUUACGACGAGAUAAUCAUGGAACAGUAUUUAAAUCAUUUCAUAUUUUGCCAUCGGAAUUUACGAGCAAAUUCUGGAGAGCCUUUUCCUUUUUAUAUAUGUGGAGAUAAAGCUUGUCUGUCAUUCCCAUAUCUUAGGGGGCCAUAUCCUCAAAGAAUUUUUAACUCUACAAGACGUAUUUUAACUUUAGGCUGUCACGAAGAAGAAAAAGUAUUGAAUGUGUGUUUUUAGAUUCUUAGUGUUCAAAUUUCGUAUAUUCGAAGGGCCAAUUUGUUGUGGGGCAGAAAUUUUAAAGAAAAUUGUGAGGCUGCUUGUAUUUUACACAAUUUUAUACGAAUACGAGAAGGAAAAUUAUCCAUUCCAAUGCAGUUCGAAUAUGACAACCCCAAUUUACAAAUUAAUGAACGUCAAGAUGGAUAUCGCUUAACGACAAUGGUAAUGAAACCACGAAAAUCUCUAGCUAUCUACUUUCUAAUGCCACAAUGAUCAAUAUUUCAAUGGAAAUAUGCAUAAAUUUUAUAUAUUUAUAAUAAGGAAAUAUAGAUUUUUUACUGUGUUAAAAAAUACAUUUUUUCUUACCUGUAUCAUUUACUUCUUUUGCGAUCUUCGUCCACGCCUUCUCGGUUACAUUCCUUUUGAAUUUAAAAAUAUAACUCAUUUUGCUCAAUCUGGUUAGAUUUUUUUGCUAUCUCAAAUUAAAAAAAAGUAUAUUAUUGAAAUAAGCAUAUAGUGGAUCUGAGACAUAACUGUCUAGUGAUGUUGGUAAUUUUUUUUGGGAAGUUAGGUUGCUAGGCGUGACUGGAAAUUACUACACAACCAAACAUACCUGCUCAUAGCCAAUACCUAUUAUUAAUAGUAAACAGACAUAAAUAACAUAAACCUUACGCCAAUCAAUAAUUUUUUAUUUACACCAUUAUAAUGUAUUGAUAACAAAUGAGAAAAUUAUUUAUUGUACAAAAUAAAAAUAUUUUGAAGAAAUAAAACCAUAAAAUUAUA